GUCCUGUGUGGUGCAUAUAUUGGAUUUAUUGAAGGUAUGCGUCAAACUUUACCCAUAGACGGAUCCACAUAAAUGGUAGCAGAAGGUGAAUGUUGAACUUUGUAGCACACAUAUUCAGAUGAUGCUAUGUAAUAUUUUGAGCACCUACACUGGUAAUGUGAUCGAGGCGUUAUUGCUUAAUAAGUAUAAACCGGAUGCAACCCGGAUAUAGACGGUCCAUGAAUUGGCGUAUGAGAACGUGAGUAGAUUACCUUGAAAACAACGGGCGGACAUCUUGGACGCAGUAUCCAGUUCUUAUUAUACCGCAGUGCCUUUGUCCAAGAAGCCCAUAUACAACAGAGGAAACCCUGUGCAGUGCAAGCAGCCAUCUUGGAUAGACAGCCGAGGCAGAUACUUCAGGCAGGAUAACCUACAGAUCCCUUCUGAGCAGCUCAAGACAUAAAACCGACAAUUCCCGAGCCACGAUGGCCACCGCACCGUACAACUACUCCUACAUUUUCAAAUACAUUAUCAUCGGGGACAUGGGGGUAGGGAAGUCGUGUUUGCUUCAUCAGUUCACAGAGAAGAAAUUCAUGGCGGACUGCCCCCAUACGAUUGGCGUGGAGUUUGGCACGAGGAUAAUCGAGGUGAGCGGCCAGAAGAUCAAGCUGCAGAUCUGGGACACGGCGGGCCAGGAGCGCUUCAGGGCCGUCACGCGUAGUUACUACAGGGGGGCCGCGGGCGCACUCAUGGUCUACGACAUCACCAGGAGAAGCACAUACAACCACCUCAGCAGCUGGCUGACUGAUGCCAGAAACCUCACCAACCCCAAUACUGUGAUCAUUCUUAUAGGUAACAAAGCAGACCUGGAAGCCCAGAGGGACGUCACGUAUGAGGAAGCCAAGCAGUUUGCUGAGGAGAACGGUCUCUUAUUCCUGGAAGCCAGCGCCAAAACGGGUGAGAAUGUGGAGGAUGCCUUUCUGGAGGCGGCUAAGAAGAUCUACCAGAACAUCCAGGAUGGCAGUCUGGACCUGAACGCUGCAGAGUCAGGUGUCCAACACAAGCCCUCUGCCCCCCAGGGAGGUCCACUAUCCAACGAACCACAGCCCCAGAGGGAAGGCUGCGGCUGCUAAUGACCCCCCCCUCUCUUUCCUCAUCCACCAUCAUCCCCUCCCCACUCCACUGGGACUGCAUGAGUGUUGGGCACGGAUGGAGGGAGGGAAGCAGGCGAUGGGUUGUGUAGUAGUGUACCUCCCUCCUUCUCCCUCUGUUAUUCUCUCACUCUUCUUUUCCGGUCUGUGCAUCCUCCUCCUCCACCUUUUCACUUGGUCGUCGUCUUCACGUCUUUCUCUUGUUCCUUCUCUUCCUCUCCUCCUCUGCACCAUUCAGUCCAGCUCAUCUGCCAUGGGAUUCCAGUUCCACACACAUUUACAUAUAUAAAGACAUGGUUUACUGACACAUAGAUGGGUAAACCUGAAGAAAUACUUUUUUUAACGUUUCCUUUUAUAGCUUCUACUAUAUUAUCAAUCAAGUCUCAUCUACCACAUCUGAAACCAACCAAGCCUGUAUAGUCUAACCUCCACUGACAUUGAGUUAUCUAGACACUCUCUCCGCAUCUCUCCCCCUGCAUCACUCCUGCAUGGUUUAAUGAUCUAGGACAAUUUUAAUUGAAGUGAAAUGUAUAUGAGUAAAAUAUUUCCCUCGAUGGCUUGGUCUCUUCCGGGGGAGGAGAUGGUUAGUGAAAGAAAUGAUGUAAUGUAUGACGCGGCCCGCUACGGAUCACUAUUAGUGGUGUGUGUGUGUGCUUGGUCCAGUUGUUGAACCUGGUCUAGAACAGGUAUCCACUGUCUCUACCCAAAGCUUCCCCCCUGGUCCUUAUGGUAAAUCUCUGAUACUAGACAGAGAUGGAAUCCCUCUAAUGGUGUUCUACAGUACACCUCAGUGGCAACACUAGUGUAGUAGAGAGACACUUUAAAGCCCAAGAGACCUGGAAUUCCCCUGAAACGCCUCUACCUACUUGUCUUUCUCCCUAUAUGACGUCACAGGAAAGGCUCUGGGUGUUUUCCUGCCAGUACAGUGUGUCUGUGUGCAGGGGAUUUCUUUAACUAAGUUAAUGACACUUAAGAAAACAAAACACGUAUUCCUUCAGAUCAUCAGUUUCAUUGCACCAACUUCCUCCUCUUCCCCCCCCGACCAUAUCAAUAGAAUCUGUCUGUCCUUACCAGCAUUUUCUUUGUCGUUUGUUGCCUUAUUGUUAUGGUUAAUAUUAUUACUGUUUCAUCUUUUCUUUGCUGCGCUUGCGCUACAUACUGCUGUCAAAUAAACAAACAGUUUUACAAUACGGUGAUAUUUUGUGGAGAACAUGGUAACUGGUGUAACACAGGGGUGCUGGUGAAAAAAGGUAGAUGUUCCCCCUUAAAUCCAGAGCUAGGAUUUAAAAACAAAAGUCAAAUUGGGGCUGUUUAUUUGUUCUGUUUCUUACAUGUACAAGUGUGAAAUGGAAAUGUUAUCUUUUUGUAUAUCCCACUACCCCUGAGACACCCUCGGAGUGGUGUCACAGCCAGGGAUCCUGGAGCAAUUAGGGUUGAGUGCCUUGCUCAAAGACAGAUUGAUAUUUCUUUUCACAUAGUCGCUCAGGGAUUUGAACUAGCAGCCUUUCGGUUACUGGCCCAACGCUCUAACCACUCUGCUGUGAUCAGCUUACCCUAUUCCAGUCCUUAGCAUUGAUUUGGGGUCAAUUAUAAUUACUCAAGGUAAGGGGCAUCUUAACCAUACACCUGUGGUCCCUCUCCCCACAUGCUUGUAUAGUAACAACACCAAGCAACAUGCCCCACCAGAACGACCCUAAAUGGGAAUAGUUAUUCUGAAUUUCUGUACAUCUGUUGGUGACCAUGCUAUUUGGAAGAUUGGCAAGCCCAGAGAUUGAAGAUACACACAUCUCAGCAUGUUUAUUUCAUGCUUGGGAAUUCUGUCAAAUUGGCCAGUGAUAGCAGACUAAAAGCAUAGCUGAUGUUUUGGAGCUGUCAAAUCAGUGAGCAGGUGCUCUUGAUCAUUGUCAUGACGCCACACCCAUCCCAUUGAAGUUCAUAAUGAGAAAGUGUUGGUUAUAAAGAAAUAAUCACUCAAAUUAGAAUUCAUUUCAAUCUGCCAAAUCAAGGUGUAGAUUACAUUCCAAUGUAUGAACUUCUAAACAAGUUGCAGCUCUGUGUAGCCAAUGGCAAUGCCCGCUUUAUAUAUAAUGCCAGGAGCCGCUUGUGGAUUUGACAGCUCUAACGCAGUUAAAUCUCCGACACCGCCAAAACAACCGCUAUGCGGAUAUCGGCUAAAGCGGAUUAGAUUAAGCCCAUAGUUUCUAUGAAUAAAUGUGUUUGGACAGACUCCCUCCACUCACUAGUGCUACCUGGUGGUUCCAUCGUUUUGUUUCUUCACUCUUCAUCCUCAGUCUGUGUAGCGGGGGAGUGGAAGUGUACAAACUAGUGCUUUGUCGAUUCUACUCAACUCUUGCUUGUAGGAGGUGGAGUGGAGAAUGUCACUGUUUGAGUUUUUUUUCUCUCCGUGUAUUUCUUAGGCACCAUGUAAUGUUGAAUGAAAUUGGAUAAAACUAUGACCAAAGUAUGAAAAAUUGCUUCUACAUUGAUAGUGGUCCCCUCCCCAAUGUCGGAGGCGGGAUUAUUAAGGGGAUAGGGUGCCAUCACCCUAACUCAUUUUAAUACACCAAUGGUAACAUGAUGCAUUGCUGUCUUAAUUUUGGGGUGUGGGAAUUGGCUGGUGGGAGGGUCUAAAGAUGGGUCCUACGUUAUAAAACGUACAUGUAUACAUUUUGAAGGAGCUGUGCUAACAUUUAAAUGCAUUCUUGCGUGUAUAUGAUUUUAAUGACAAAAUGCUCUAGAUAGAAAAUACAUUAUACAUAACCUGUU